CUGCACGUAGCUACCCCGGGUUUACAAACCCCCCCAAAGGAAACCAGCAGUGAGCAAGCCAGUUAAUAAAACCACACUGCUCCGCUCUAUGCGCCCCUAUCGUCAUUUUUAGACUAUUAACGCAAGCGCGACAGGGAACGCCUUGGUAAAAUAGCAAUUGCGAUAAAGUUGGUCACGGACCUCCCAAGGAACUUUGUCUAUUACCACGCAGGCUGUUCGACGAGAUUCCCCUCUCCUUUCUCUUCUUGAUCUUCUUCUUUAAUCCUAUCUUCAACUACAACUCUCGGUUUUGUGCAUCGUCAAUCAAUUUCUGGCACCCAAAUUUCACAUUUCCAUAUCACAAUCACAAUUACAAUCUCAAUUGUAUCAUUCAAUCAAGAUGAGCGACCGCGGUUACUCGUACAAGAGCUCCGGCCACAACAGCCAGGGCAACCACUACUGCGCCCGGGACUACGGCAGCAGUGCCUCCAACUCGAACUCAUACCAUUACUCCAACACUGAUGGCUCAUACUACUACUCCAACCCCAAUGGCAGCACUUACUACAACGACGGCCAGGGCGGUUCUACCUAUACUUCGUCUUCCGGUAAACGGUCCUCUUCGGGCUAUGGAAGCAGCAGCAGCGGUAGCAGCGGUGGCAGCAAGCAGUAGGAGCCUUCGCCUGCGCCGGGGUCACAAGUGCGAUCUGUUGAGUUCAGGGGACAACAAGUCUCUACUCCUGGGGGAGCAGUGGCAACGUCAGUAGAAUAUCGAGAGCAAUCUGUUUCUGUCCCUGCCGUACAGGGCAAUAAUUACGGCAAAUCACAGGUUCAGUAUGUGUCUACUCCCGGAACACAGGUUACCUCAGAGCCCGAAGCUCAAUACGUCUACGCUGGUGGGGCAAAGUUAUGCUAUGGGCAGCCUGAGAAGUAGAAUUGAUUCUAUUUGAUUGUGGCAUUGGUUUUUUUCGUGGUGGGAGAGAUGAGUUUACUUAGUCUAUUUUAGCAAGGAAUAUCGACGGCGAGUAGGUAGUCGUAAUGAUACCACAUUUCACACCGCAA